AUGUAUCGAGCUAAAAAUGUGUACCUCAUAUGUGGAUUUUCCGCUCUCGGAGGUGGGAUUUUCGGGUAUGAUAUCAGCUCCAUGAGCGGUGUUAUUGGCACUUCUGCAUACAAGCGAUACUUCGGCGACCCAGUCUCUUAUCGCCAAGGUGGAAUCACCGCGUCCAUGCCCGCUGGUUCGUUUGUCGGCUCACUAGCAAGCUCCUUCAUCGCAGACAAGUUUUCUCGCAAAGUUGCUCUUCAGGUGGGAUGUAUCCUUUGGAUCAUCGGUUCAAUUAUACAAUGCGCUUCUCAAAAUAUAGCCAUGCUAUGUGUUGGGCGGGUCAUCUCUGGCCUCUGCGUCGGCAUUGCAUCUUCAAUUGUUCCUGUGUACAUGUCUGAAAUCGCACCGAAAGAGAUCCGCGGCCGGGUCGUGUCGCUCCAGCAGUGGGCCAUAACAUGGGGUAUUCUAUUGGGAUACUUCAUGCAGUAUACAACAGCAACGACAGGAGGCGGACCCGAUAACCCAGAUCAAUCCGAAGCUGCCUUCCGGAUCCCGUGGGGUCUCCAGAUGUGUCCCGCUUUCCUUCUCUUCGCCGGCCUGUUCUUCUUCCCUCAUAGCCCGCGCUGGCUCGCAUCACAGGACCGAUGGGAGGAGGCUAUCCAGGUUAUCGCGGAUCUUCAUGGCCGAGGCGAUGUUAACCAUUCGAAAGUCCUCGCGGAGUACAAAGAGAUCGAGGAGGCUCUAAGGUUCGAGCGCGAGGAGGCGCUGUCUAGCUUUAGAGCGCUUAUUCAGCCGCGGAUCUUCAAGCGCGUGGUCCUUGGUAUGAUGGUACAGAUGUGGUCGCAGCUGAGCGGGAUCAACUUUAUGAUGUGUUAUGUUGUUUAUAUUAUGGAGUCGGCGCAGAUUGGCUCGCCCCUUACAACCGCCGCUAUACAAUACGUGCUUAACGUAGUGCUGACAUUGCCUGUCAUACUAUUUUUAGACAAGGUCGGACGCAGGCCCACGUUCAUCAUCGGCUCCUUCUUGAUGAUGAUAUUCUUGUUCAUUUCAGGGGCCCUCCAAGCCAUCUUCGGCCAACCAAAUACCGGCCAAGGUAGUAGCGAUAUCACAUGGGUCGUAGUCGACAACGUUCCCGCGUCGUCGGCAAUAGUAGCAAGCUCGUAUCUAUUCGUGGCGGCUUUCGCAUCGACCUGGGGCCCGACCUCAUGGGCGUACGCAGCCGAGAUCCCACCGCCAAGGGUCCGGGCUAUGGCGGUUAGUAUCAGCACGGCAUCGAACUGGCUGUGGAACAUGAUCCUCGCGUUUUCGGUGCCGCCGCUUCUCUGGAAUAUUAACUGGAAAAUGUACAUGAUAUUCGCGGCCUUCAACGGCGCCGCUUGCAUCUAUAUGAGCCUGUUCGCACACGAAACGACGGGGCUUACGCUUGAGGAAAUGGAUGAUUUGUUUGAUUCGGGUCGCCCUGCUUGGCAUCCCAAUGGAAAGCCCAGCCGUCUUGAUGUACUGCAGAGGGAUAUUGAACAAGGCAACAUCCAGGUUUCCGUUCCGGGUUCUGCUGGUAGCAUGGAGCCAAAGGGGGAUGGAGACAAAUUAAUUGCUUUAACAAGAAUUAAACGGGUCCCUACACACGAGGAAUCCGCCUAG